CUCCAAUAUCUCACCCCACGAGACGUCUUGAUUGAGGGACUGAAGGUGGAGAAAGAGAUUACUGGAUGUUGGGUUCUAUAAGAAUCGGCGGCUUACGUUUUGUUCGAUCAUCAUCAUCAUCAUCCUGUUCUUCUUCUUUAUCUUCAUCUUCUCUCUCUAGAUUCCCUCCUACCCUAGUUGUGGCGAUGGACAAUUCAACAAGCAGCAGCAGCAGCAAGAACUCAUCCUUUUCGGGUAGUAGGAGUACUGGAGGUCGAGGAAGAGGAGGCCGUGAUGGUGGUUCAGGAGGAGGCAAGGAUAAGAUCGAUGCUCUUGGAAGGCUCUUGACACGAAUCCUGCGCCACAUGGCUCCUGACUUGAAUUUGAACAUGAGGAGUGAUGGGUAUGUCAAAGUUCAACAUCUCUUGGCUCUCGAUCUAAAAACCUUUGCCAAUCUUCCUUUGACAUCUCAUUCUAUUCAAGACAUCAGAGAGGCUGUCAGUAAAGACAAUAAACAAAGGUUUAGCCUUCUCCUACAAGACGGGGACCUUUUCAUUCGUGCAAACCAAGGGCAUUCUGUAACAACAGUUGAAACUGAAAGCUUAUUGAAGCCAAUCCUUUCACCAGAGGAAAUUCCAAUUUGUGUACAUGGAACCUAUAAGAAAUUUUUAGAUUCAAUCUUGGAGCAAGGCCUCAAAAGGAUGAAAAGAUUACAUGUUCACUUCUCUUGUGGUUUGCCAACAGAUGGUGAAGUUGUUAGCGGCAUGAGAAGGGAUGUUAAUGUCUUGAUCUUCCUUGAUGUGGAAAAGGCUUUGAGAGAUGGAAUGAAGCUUUACAUAUCAGACAAUAAGGUUAUAUUGACUGAAGGUUUUGAAGGAGUUGUGCCACCAAACUACUUUCAAAAGAUACAAUCUUGGCCAGAGAGAAAACCCAUCUCUUUGUGAAAACAUUAUUUCAAGAAAAACUUGUUUAAAAAUACUUUCUAAAUUUAUACUAAAUUUAAUAUCUUAACUAAAAAUGUCUCAAAUUAUUUGUAAAUAUAUUUACUUAGCUUAAAAUUGCAAGAACUAUGUACAAUUUAUAGUUUAAAAUUGCAAAAACAAUGUACAACUUUACAGUGAUUGUGGGAUUAA